AUGGCGACUUUCUCGAUACGCGCCUUCAUCCCGCCGCUAAGACGACGAUUUUUGCCCCUCCAGUCAGCACGACGAUAUGCAGUACAAGCUCCCGGCGCUCCAAUGAUGGAGAUAUUCAGUGGCCAGCAAAAGUGGUUGCAGAGGGAAAGAGCUGCAGCAGACAAGGAGACAAGUAGAGGAGUAGACUAUUUGAGAGAUGAAGUAGCCUCAAGAUUGUGUGAGCGGGUUCUGGACAUAAAUCGUCAUUUCCCCAAAGUCCUCGAUCUUGGUGCAAACGCAUGCAACCUGUCCCGCGCACUCACUUUGCCCUCCGAAGAUGCCCCAGACAAAGGCCCACGGUCGAAGCGAAUCGGCACCAUAACCGCUGCAGACUCCUCAGAAGCGCUCUUAUACCGCGAUGCCGAUUUGCCCUUCAAUAAAGAAAUUGACAUUGUACGAGAGGUUCUAUCGACAUCGGAACUGCUACCAUACGAAGCAAACUCUUUCGACGCCGUCUUGAGCAGCCUGAGUUUGCACUGGAUCAAUGACUUGCCGUCUGUAUUGGCGCAGGUGAACAACAUCUUGAAGCCAGACUGCCCUUUCAUAGGGGUCAUGAUGGGAGGAGACAGCCUCUAUGAACUCCGCACAUCUCUACAAUUAGCGGAGCUAGACCGAAGAGGUGGCGUCUCGACGCACACCUCGCCACUAGCAGACGUAAAAGAUGUGGGCGGUUUACUUCAGAAGGCUGGCUUCAACCUCCUCACCGUAGACAUUGAUGACAUCGUAGUUGACUAUCCCGAUACAUUUUCCUUGAUGAAGGAUCUACAAGCCAUGGGCGAGUCUAAUGCUGUACUCGCACGGGAGAAGGGACCCAUACAACGAGAUGUGCUCUUGGCUGCGGAAGGGAUAUACAAGGAGCUUCAUGGUAAUGAGGAUGGUACGCUUCCUGCGACUUUCAGGUUAAUCUACAUGAUUGGCUGGAAGCCUAGCCCCAACCAAGCUAAGCCACUUGAGAGAGGGACGGGCAUGUUUAGCAUCAAGGAUCACCUAGAGAAGAACAACAAAUCUGGUGACGAAAAAGAAUAG